GCUAGUGAUGCCUAUGGGCCUAUCGCACAUGCGCAAGCCUUCUCUUUCCUCUUUCGAGUAGCUUUGAGUACAGUGGAGUCUCCGCGCGCCAUUUCUCUGCGCCUGCGUCCUGCGGCCCUGCGCAGCCUGGGAGGCGGGUUUUAGUUCCAGGUUUGUACAGCCGCUGAGUUGAAGCGAACUAGGUCUGCGAGGUCCAAGGAAAUGACUCCCAUCCCGGUGUUGGAGAGGGCGAUGUGAAAACAGGCCCUUCCCUUUCCAGCUCUGAGCGUGGUUUCUGCGGGUCCCCGGGAACGGCAGGAUUCUGGAUUUGGAUCCGUGGGGUGGGGUCUGUCCUUGCCGGGAUCUGAGCGCCCCCUCCUGGGGACAGUGCUCUGGCCGCAGUCAGUGUUGGACUGACUGCUUGGAGAUUUCGUAAAAUCCGGUGGGAUCGCAAUCCUUUUGGGGAGGCACCCUGGUUUGGUACUCCAGACUCUCCUAUAUUGCUGGGCUUCCCUAGUGCUCUAUGUCCUUGGGCCAUGGAACCAUUGCAGGCAGCACAGCGGCGCCUCUGUCUGAAGAAGGGGAAGUGACUUCCGGCCUCCAGGCUCUGGCGGUGGAGGACACCGGAGGUCCCUCCGUCUCGGCUAGUAAGGCCGAGGAAGAGGGGCAAGGAGGUCAGGAGGAGGCCGGGCGUGAGGGAUCCAGGGCUGAGGAAGCACUAGAAGCUCCCAGCGCUGUGGACGACGAGCGCGCCGAGGGAGAAUCCGAAGACUGGUGCGUGCCCUGCAGCGAUGAGGAGGUGGAGCUGCCGGCCAAUGGGCAGUCCUGGAUGCCCCCACCCUCCGAAAUCCAGCGACUCUAUGAACUGCUGGCAGCCCAAGGUACUCUGGAGCUUCAAGCGGAGAUCCUGCCCCGCCGACCCCCUACUCCUGAAGCCCAGAGUGAAGAGGAGAGAUCAGAUGAGGAACCGGAGGCCAAAGAGGAGGAGGAGGAAAAGCCGCACAUGCCUACAGAAUUUGACUUUGAUGAUGAGCCCAUAACACCGAAAGACUCCCUGAUUGACAGGAGACGUACACCAGGGAGCGCGGCCCGGAGCCAGAAACGCGAGGCCCGCCUGGAUAAGGUCCUCUCGGACAUGAAGCGGCAUAAGAAACUAGAGGAACAGAUCCUUCGGACUGGGAGAGACCUCUUCAGCCUAGACUCAGAGGGUCCCAGCCCUGCCAGCCCUCCACUCCGAUCCUCGGGGAGCAGUCUCUUUCCCAGGCAGCGGAAGUACUGACUGUUGCUGCCAUGGCCUGCAGGUGCAGACUGUUGCUGCUGGGUGUGGCCAGCCUUUCCCAGCCCAGACUCUGGGAAACUUGUCACGGAGAAAAGCCUCAAGCUCCCAGUGCAGUGCCUUGUGGGAGAGUGUGUUCUGUUGAAUGUCUCCCUGUAGUUCUAAGCUGGAUUUGCUGAGUCUUAAUAAAAGAUACAGAAUGGUCUUUUCUUA